CUCUUUUUGGCAUUUUCCCUUUUUUAUUUUUUUUAAAUACAAUUAUAUUUUCAUACUGAAAAAGCCACCUUCUUCAUAAUUUCACCUGAAUUAUUCGUCUCUUCCGAUCAUCUCAUUUUCCAGAAUUUCGUCUUUCUCUUUCUUUUUAACUCUGGAAAUUUCGGUGGUACUCUGUGUAGUGGAUGCGGAUGCCUCCUCUGUUUUCUCAUUGGUAUCUGUAUUCCAGUCUUUUCUUGGCACUGCUUUUAUUUUUUACAUUUAGUGGUGUUUGUGGCUGGUAUAUAGGCGGGGAAAAUGAUUUUGAAGUUUCGUUUGGCAACAGCUCUAUACCGAUUCUAAAUGAUCUUUUGGAAAAUAGAGUUCAUGAAUAUGUUGACCAAACUUCAGUUGAUUUGGUAUCUUGUGAGGACCUUGAAGGAGUUGGGUCCUUCAAUACUACUUGCUUGCUUAACUCAAAUGUACACUUGAAUUCAAGUAUAUAUGCUUUUGGUAUUGGAAACUUGGAGAUACUACCUCAUGUUUUAAUUGUAUGCCCCACAGAAGGAUGUUCCAUAAGCUUCAAUGUAUCUGGGAAGGUGAAAGUUGGACCUAAUGCUGCUAUUAUUGCUGGUUCAGUUUUUAUAUCUGCCCGUAGCUUGAGCAUUGGCCAGAAUUCUACUGUAAAUACUACAUCACUCAGUGGAGGACCACCCUCACAAACUAGUGGCACCCCUGUUGGAUAUGCGGGAGCUGGGGGAGGGCAUGGAGGCCGGGGUGCUUCUUGUGAGUAUCUAGGUGCUUGGGGUGGAGAUGUAUAUUCAUGGUCUGAUGUAUCCGAUCCAUGGAGCUAUGGGAGCAAAGGAAGUGGUAGAUCUGCCCAAAAUCCCUUUGGAGGGAAUGGUGGAGGACGUGUAAAACUAAUAGUAGAAAACGAGUUGUACUUAAAUGGGUCUGUACUUGCUGAAGGUGGUGAUGGAGGAGCAAGUGGGGGUGGAGGUUCUGGUGGGAGCAUCUACAUAAUUGCUUAUAAGCUGAAUGGUCUUGGUACUAUCAGUGCAGCUGGUGGAAGAGGAUGGGGAGGCGGCGGCGGCGGAAGAAUUUCACUUCGUUGCUACAGUGUACAAGAUGUUAAAGUUACUGUGCAUGGUGGUUUAAGUACUGGGUGUCCUGAUAAUGCUGGAGCAGCAGGAACUUAUUUUGAUGCUACUCUUCUCAUUUUAAGAGUUAGCAAUGACAAUAUGAGCACAGAAACUGAAACUCCUCUUCUGGAUUUUUCUCUUACUCCAUUAUGGUCCAAAGUCUUUAUAGAAAACAGCGCAAAAGUGUUGGUCCCACUCUUGUGGACCAGAGUUCAGCUGAGCGGACAAUUAAGUGUGCUUAGCAAGAGUAGUAUCAACUUUGGGUUGAUGGAUCGUCCUGUCUCAGAGUUUGAGAUUGUUGCUGAAGAACUACUCAUGAGUGACUCCGAAAUACAGGUCCAUGGUUCUCUGCGAGUGAUUGUCAAAAUGUUACUUAUGUGGAACUCUGAGAUCCAAAUUGAUGGCGGCAAAGCUGUUGUCACAACCUCAGUCCUUGAAGUGAGAAAUCUUGCUGUCUUAAGGGAACAUUCUGUUAUAAGUUCAAACACAAAUUUGGCACUAUUUGGUCAAGGGCUGUUGAAGCUGACUGGUCAUGGUGACUUAAUCAAAAGUCAGCGGCUGUUGCUGUCACAGUUUUAUAACAUCACUCUUGGACGUGGUUCAUUAGUUCAGGCACCAUUGGACGAUGAUGCUAGUAAAACCAUGGUAACAAAAUCUCUCUGUGAGAAUCAGAUAUGCCCAAUGGAUUUGAUAAAUCCACCAGAUGAUUGUCAUAUUAACAGUACCACAUCCUUCUCACUACAAAUAUGCCGUGUUGAAGACAUUCUUGUUGAUGGUCUUGUAAAAGGAAGUAUAAUCCACUUUCAUAGGGCGAGGACAAUUGUUGUGAGUGCUGAUGGGAUGAUAACUGCAUCGGAACUGGGUUGUCGAAAAGGUAAUGGUAAGGGAAGAUUCUUAGAUGGUGCUGGCAGUGGUGCUGGGCAUGGAGGCAAGGGAGGUUCAGGGAUGUUCAAUGGAACAAUAAGUGAAGGUGGGAGUAUAUAUGGCAAUGCUAAUCUUCCUUGUGAGCUAGGAAGUGGAUCUGAGGGUCCAAAUGAGUCGUAUGGACAUGUGGCUGGGGGUGGAAUGAUAGUGAUUGGGGCAAUACAAUGGCCAUUACUCAGACUUGAUAUGUACGGAUCAUUAAGAACUGAUGGUCAAAGUUAUAGUCAAGAGAUUAAUAAUAGCAAUGGAGCUAUAAUUGGUGGUCUUGGUGGGGGCUCUGGUGGUACAAUUCUUCUUUUUCUUCAAGAACUCGUACUUGCUGAAAAAUCUAGCUUAUCAGCUGCUGGUGGAAAAGGUUGUCCUCUUGGCGGCGGCGGCGGUGGUGGUGGAAGAAUUCAUUUUCAUUGGUCUGACAUUAUUAUUGGAGAUGAAUAUAUUCCCAUUGCCGUAGUAAAUGGUACCAUCUACAGUGGAGGAGGAGCAGGGGAUAGCUUAGGUUUCUAUGGAGAAGAGGGCACAAUCACCGGGAAAGAGUGCCCGAAGGGACUUUAUGGUAUAUUUUGCAAUGAGUGCCCUAUCGGAACUUUUAAGGAUAUUGAUGGCUCUGAUGAACAGCUUUGUACUCCUUGCCCUCAAGAAUCACUUCCCCACCGUGCAGAAUUUAUUUAUGUACGAGGUGGGGCGAGUCAACCAUCAUGUCCAUACAAAUGUAUUUCUGACAAGUACAGAAUGCCCCACUGCUUUACACCCCUCGAGGAGCUGAUGUAUCCAUUUGGCGGGCCUUGGACAUUUUCCCUUCUCCUCCUAUGUUGUUUGGUAAUCCUAGGUCUAUUGUUAAAUUUGCUGCGCAUCAAAUUGGUUGGAUCAAGCUCCGUGUGUCAUAGUACGUACUCAUUUGAGCAGCGCGGUUUGGAUUGCCAGUAUCCCCAUCUUCUCUCUCUAUCAGAGGUUAAGGGACCCAAUAGAGCUGAGGAAACUCAAAGCCAUGUCUACAGGAUGUACUUUGCUGGUCCAAACACCUUCAGGGAGCCCUGGCACCUUUCAUAUUCUCCUCCUGAUGAAAUCGUGGAGAUAGUGUAUGAAGAUGCCUUUAAUAGAUUCAUUGAUGAGAUCAAUUCUAUUGCUGCAUAUGAUUGGUGGGAAGGCUCUGUUCACAGUAUUCUUUUAGUGCUUGCGUAUCCUUGUGCUUGGUCAUGGAAACAAUGGCGUCGUAGAAUUAAAAUCCAACGUCUCCAGGAUUAUGUCAAGUCUGAAUAUGACCACUCGUGUCUACGCUCUUGCCGAGCAAGGGCAUUGUACAAAGGAAUGAAGGUUGGAGGAACACCUGAUUUAAUGGUUGCAUUUAUUGAUUUCUUUCUUGGUGGUGACGAAAAGCGUGUAGAUAUUGUGUCAAUCAUACAAAAGAGGUUUCCCUUGUGCAUAAUUUUUGGUGGUGAUGGCUGUUAUAUGUCUCCGUAUAGUCUUCAUAGUGAUGCACUGUUGACCAAUCUGAUGGCUCAGCAUGUCCCAACUUCUGUCUGGAGUCAUUUGGUGGCUGGUCUAAAUGCUCAGUUGAGAACAGUCCGGCAUGGAUUUAUGCGCUCAACACUUGCUCCUGUCAUUUGUUGGAUUAAUAGCCAUGCAAAUUCGCAAUUAGAGUUUCAUCGAGUGAGGAUUGAUCUUGGUUGGUUUCAUGCCACUGCUUCUGGUUAUAAUCAACUGGGAAUUUGGGUAGUGGUUGAUGAUUGUACAAUCCACAACAUGCCUUAUCCUGUUUCGCCUAACAUCAAUGUUGACGAGUCUCUAAACAUAAAUGGAAGAAUGGAGGACAAGAGGUGCAGUCAGCUACAACAGACGCAAAGUCACAUGAGCCAGGUGUUAGCUCCAAAGAGGACUGGUGGCCUAGUCAAUGGAUUUCUUAUAAAUGAUGCCACACUGGGAUCUCUGGAAUUCAAAAGGGACAUUUUCUUUCUAUUUUCUCUGUUCCUGCGCAACACUAGGCCAGUUGGUUGCCAGGAUACUUUGCAGCUGCUCAUCUUGAUCAUCAUUUUGGCUGACCUUUCUGUCACCUGCCUUACGCUUGUACACUUUUACUGGAUUUCUCUUGGGAGUUUUCUUGCCAUCUUGCUUAUUCUUCCUUUAUCUCUGCUGUCCCCCUUUCCUGCGGGCUUGAAUGCACUAUUCAGCAAAGGACAUAGGAGGGCUUCACUGGCACGAAUGUAUGCAUUGUGGAACGCUACAUCUCUGUCAAGCAUUGUUGUGGCUUUUCUAUCGGGCAUAUCUUACUACACUUUUCUUUCUGUCCAGGCAUCGAAAGAGAAAAAUGCUGGGAUUGCUAAAAGGGACGAUGUUGCAUGGUGGCUUUUGCCUUCUAUUCUGCUGCUUCUAAAGAGUAUUCAGGCUCGAUUUGUAGAUUGGCACUUGGCAAACUUGGAAAUUCCCGAUUCUUCUGUAUAUACCCCAGACCCAGACAGCUUUUGGUCCCAUGAAUCAUAGUUUUUGAUAGACCCCAAUUUAGACCGAGACUUUCAUGCCAAUUUUAUCCGGCCUUUGACUUGUAAAUAUGCCCAAGCUGUACAGUAGAUCUGCAGAGUUGUGCAGUUUUUCAUCUGCAGCUAGAGUGAAAGUAAUACAUCAUUGAUGGAUUGACAUUUAUUUUUCAAGGGGAAUCAGUGCGUUAAGCUUCUUAUUUCUCCUCCAGUAUACAGGAUUGCCGUCUUGCCUUACUCUCUGAGUAAAAUGUUAAUGUGGAAGAGAGUGGCUGCUAGCACCGCAACCUAUCCUGAUUUUUUGAUAGGUAGAAGUUUUAUAGCUAAAUUUGGUCCAUUUAAGUGGCAACGCACAAUGACUUGAUUGAAUUUUUUGUAGUUAACUGUGCUAGUAGAUUAAUACUCAUUGGUACUCGUCUUUGUUACCAGUACCAACUUUUAAAAAAAAUACCAAAUUGAAAAUUUUGUA